CUAGCGAUCGUCCCCAUUUCCUCUGAGAUACGGCGAAGGACGGACGUAUACGCGUACACACCGGUACACAUAUUCACAUCCUUACUACCAUUUUACAGUUAAUUUUUAAAACAAGCAACCAUGGGAAAGAUCAAGGCCGGACCAGUCGUGGAGGUCAAAGGUGACGAGAUGACCCGGGUCAUCUGGGAGCUCAUCAAGGACAAGCUGAUUUUCCCGUUUCUGGACGUGGAGCUUCACACCUUCGACCUGUCCAUUGAGGAACGGGAUCGCACGGACGACCAGAUCACGAUAGACUGCGCCAACGCCAUCAAGCAGUACAGCGUGGGAGUCAAGUGUGCUACCAUCACUCCAGAUGAAAAAAGAGUAGAGGAGUUCAACUUGAAGAAGAUGUGGAGAUCGCCCAAUGGCACGAUCCGUAACAUCCUGGGUGGAACAGUGUUCCGAGAGGCCAUCAUCUGUAAGAACAUUCCCCGAUUGGUCACCGGCUGGACGAAACCUAUCGUGAUUGGACGUCACGCUUUUGGAGAUCAGUACAAGGCCACAGACUUUGUUGUACCAGGAGCAGGUAAACUGGAGAUCACAUUCACACCAGAGAAUGGAGGAGAGGCGCAGAAGUACACAGUCUUCGACUUCAAAGAUGGUGGCGGGGUUGCGCUGGGCAUGUACAACACGGACGCCUCCAUCAGGGACUUCGCCCACAGCUGCAUGACCUUUGCCCUCCAGAAGGCCUGGCCGCUCUACAUGUCCACUAAGAACACCAUCUUAAAGAAGUACGACGGAAGGUUCAAGGACAUCUUCCAGGAGAUCUAUGACCAGAAAUACAAGACAAAGUUCGAGGAAGCAGGGAUCUGGUAUGAGCACCGGCUCAUCGAUGACAUGGUGGCGUACGCCAUGAAGUCUGAGGGCGGGUUUGUCUGGGCCUGUAAGAACUACGAUGGGGACGUGCAGUCAGACUCUGUAGCACAGGGCUAUGGUUCCCUGGGAAUGAUGACCAGCGUACUGAUCUGUCCGGACGGAAAGACUGUAGAGUCUGAGGCCGCCCAUGGCACCGUAACACGACACUACCGGAUGCACCAACAGGGCAAGGAGACGUCCACAAACCCCAUAGCCUCCAUUUUUGCGUGGACCCGAGGCCUUCUCCACCGAGCCAAGCUGGACAAGAACAAUGAGCUGAAAACCUUUGCCACCAGCCUGGAGGAGACGUGCAUAGAGACCAUCGAGGGGGGGAAGAUGACUAAAGACCUGGCUAUCUGCAUCAAGGGUCUGGCUAAUGUGACACGCGCCGACUAUCUCAACACCUUCGAAUUCCUGGACGCUCUGGCUGAGAAUCUACAGAAGAAGCUGUCUGCACAAUGACUCGAUACCAGAACCUCUAAACUUUGAGCACAAACCUGUAGUAGUGACCACCUCUACAUAAGGACUAUCUGGGUGUUGUGAUCUCUUUUGUCUUCCCUGACAUCAUUUUCUCAUUGAUCCAAGCAGUUAAAGAAUUUGUUUGGCUGUACAAUCAGCCAGGGUUACCCAACUAACCAUUGGCUAUUGUCAAGGGCUAACCUUGGGACAGGGAAUACAAGAUUAUUACAUAGAGCAAUUACUGACACAUUACUUAAUUACAAUAGUACAACAAAACGUAAUAUAUUACAAAGUAUACUGUGUACACACUAUAUAACAUAAUCACAUGACAUAGGAAAUGCUGACACUAUUGGUGUUAUGAUUAGCCUGGCCUCAGUGGCCACCUGUCUACUCUGACCUUUUUUUAUGAAGUCCCCUCAUUAGACCAAGGUCCUUGAUUAGACCGGUCCAACUGUACGUACUUAAACAAAUGAUUCAACAUGCUAGGAUCUCUGUCACUGUACAAGAGGUGUAUGGAACGUGGGAUAGAAAUUCUAAGCCUGUGUUUACACAAUCUCUCACUGUCUGGGGUUAAUGACCCCCUCCAUGACUGUAAGGCCAGCUGCUAGGAGGGCCAUUUUAGUCAGGCUAAGAAAUUCUAUGUCCCACAUAUUUUUAAGGAUUUUUUUGGUCUUUUGGGAGAUGUUUGGUUUGAAACUCUACCACAACUAUUUUCUUAACUAUUUUCUUACCAUGAUAGCGAAAGUUUUACUAUUUUUCA